AUGUCCGACGUAGAAGCGAACAUAAGAACCCACCAUAAAGUCCAACGCAGAACCCACCAUAAAGUCCAACGCAGAAAUACCCUUAAAGUCCAACGCAUAACACACCAUAAAGUCCAACGUAGAAACUACCAUAAAGUCCAACGCAGAACCCACCAUAAAGUCGAACGCAGAUCUCACCAUAAAGUUCAACGCCGGAGCCACCAUAAAGUCAAACGCCGGAGCCACCAUGAAAUCCAACGCCGGAGCCACCAUAAAAUCCAACGCUGGAGCCGACAUAAAGUCCAACACAAGAGCAACCAUAAAGUCCAAGCCGAACCCGCCAUAAAGUCCAACGCAGAACCCGACAUAAAGUCUAACGCCGGGGCCACCAUAAAGUCCAACGCAGAACCCACCAUAAAGUCCAACGCAGAACCCACCAUAAAGUCCAACGCAGAACCCACCAUAAAGUCCAACGCAGAAAUACCCUUAAAGUCCAACGCAGAACACACCAUAAAGUCCAACGUAGAAACUACCAUAAAGUCCAACGCAGAACCCACCAUAAAGUCGAACGCAGAUCUCACCAUAAAGUUCAACGCCGGAGCCACCAUAAAGUCAAACGCCGGAGCCACCAUGAAAUCCAACGCCGGAGCCACCAUAAAAUCCAACGCUGGAGCCGACAUAAAGUCCAACACAAGAGCAACCAUAAAAACACACCAUAAAGUCCAACGUAGAAACUACCAUAAAGUCCAACGCAGAACCCACCAUAAAGUCGAACGCAGAUCUCACCAUAAAGUUCAACGCCGGAGCCACCAUAAAGUCAAACGCCGGAGCCACCAUGAAAUCCAACGCCGGAGCCACCAUAAAAUCCAACGCUGGAGCCGACAUAAAGUCCAACACAAGAGCAACCAUAAAGUCCAAGCCGAACCCGCCAUAAAGUCCAACGCAGAACCCGACAUAAAGUCUAACGCCGGGGCCACCAUAAAGUCCAACGCAGAACCCACCAUAAAGUCCAACGCAGAACCCACCAUAAAGUCCAACGCAGAAAUACCCUUAAAGUCCAACGCAGAACACACCAUAAAGUCCAACGUAGAAACUACCAUAAAGUCCAACGCAGAACCCACCAUAAAGUCGAACGCAGAUCUCACCAUAAAGUUCAACGCCGGAGCCACCAUAAAGUCAAACGCCGGAGCCACCAUGAAAUCCAACGCCGGAGCCACCAUAAAAUCCAACGCUGGAGCCGACAUAAAGUCCAACACAAGAGCAACCAUAAAAACCCACCAUAAAGUCCAACGCAGAACCCACCAUAAAGUCCAACGCAGAACCCACCAUAAAGUCCAACGCAGAACCCACCAUAAAGUCCAACGCAGAAAUACCCUUAAAGUCCAACGCAGAACACACCAUAAAGUCCAACGUAGAAACUACCAUAAAGUCCAACGCAGAACCCACCAUAAAGUCGAACGCAGAUCUCACCAUAAAGUUCAACGCCGGAGCCACCAUAAAGUCAAACGCCGGAGCCACCAUGAAAUCCAACGCCGGAGCCACCAUAAAAUCCAACGCUGGAGCCGACAUAAAGUCCAACACAAGAGCAACCAUAAAGUCCAAGCCGAACCCGCCAUAAAGUCCAACGCAGAACCCGACAUAAAGUCUAACGCCGGGGCCACCAUAAAGUCCAACGCAGAACCCACCAUAAAGUCCAACGCAGAACCCACCAUAAAGUCCAACGCAGAACCCACCAUAAAGUCCAACGCAGAAAUACCCUUAAAGUCCAACGCAGAACACACCAUAAAGUCCAACGUAGAAACUACCAUAAAGUCCAACGCAGAACCCACCAUAAAGUCGAACGCAGAUCUCACCAUAAAGUUCAACGCCGGAGCCACCAUAAAGUCAAACGCCGGAGCCACCAUGAAAUCCAACGCCGGAGCCACCAUAAAAUCCAACGCUGGAGCCGACAUAAAGUCCAACACAAGAACCAACGCCGAAGCUGAAAUAAAGUCCAACGCCGGUGCCGCAUUAAAGUCCAACGCAGGAACCACCAUCAAGUCCAACGUUGAACCCUCCAUAAAGACUAACGCCGGAGCCACCAUAAAGUCCAACGCUGGAGCCACCAUAAAGAACAACGCCGAAGCCGCUAUAAAGUCCAACGCCAGAGCCAGCCUAAAGUCCAACGCAGGAGCCACCAUCAAGUCCUACGCAGAACCCUCCAUAAAGAACAAAGCCGAGCUACCAUAA